GACAUAUGUUGAAGCUGUUGUAUCAUUAGUUGAAGUUUAUAAUCAAUUAAAACAAUAAAAUAAAAGUGUUGAAUUGUAAGUUUCCCGUGACUAUUCUUUCAUGAAUAUAAUAUAACAUAACAUCAUGUUUAGAUUGAAAGAACAUCUGCAAACAAAUAAUGAUCCACGUUUGAAACAACUUCUUGUGGAAAAUUUAAUGAAAAGUGGACACAGUGAAGAAGUUUUACAACAAGUUGUCAAAUCAUUUCAGGGAUCCGAUUUGAGUAGUCCAACAUUAAAAGCUCAUAUAGAACGCAUUGAAAAAGAAAUGAGUGAAGAUACGAACGGCAUGGAUAACGGAUUCGAUAGUUCAAGAUUUGAUGGUAUUAAUAUGGAUGAAAUGGAUCAAAUGCGUGACGAUGUAAUGAAUUAUACAUUUUCAGAUGAUGAUAUUUAA